AAGCAGGCGGUGACUAAGUGUUCCCAGAACAAGACAGUUCCUAAAUCUCUUUGUUGGAUACAAACAAUAUUUUUUGGUCUCUAUCAAAAUUCCCGGUUCAACAUUUUGCAGCUUGCGUCGCACCCGCACAAAUAUUCCAUAACAAUGGCCAAAAUACGCGCACUAGAGCCCGAGUUGGCCGAGGUGGCCCGUACACAGCUGAAUGAGAAGGAGACCGAUAUACUAAGCAACAUAGAGGCGUUGCGUACCUGGAUUCACGAACAGCCGUACUUGGAAGCACGCAAUGACGAUCAAUUUCUUGUUGCUUUCUUGCGUUUCUGUCGCUGGGACUUGGAGGAGGCUAAGAAGCGCAUAUUGUUUUAUUACACCUACAAAUCCAAAGAACGUGAUUUGCUCAAGAAUCGUCAGGUGGAUGAUAAGCUAAUUGAGCUAGCGCGCUCUGGCAUUUUUGCCACUCUGCCCAAUCCCAUUGGACCUGGCGGACCUCGCAUACAUUACACACGCAUGGGUCUCAUCGAGACCUCGAAACACAGUGUCAGCGAUAUCUUCCGUUUCCAUGCCUUCCGCUCCGAAAUAGAAAUCAACUCCGAUGACAACUGGAACAUUGCAGGCGUAGUAGAGAUUAUUGAUUUUACCAAAAUUCCCUACUCGCUGCUGUUGCAGUUCGAUCCAGGCAUGUUCCGACGCAUGAAUGCAUUCCUUGAGCACGGCAUACCCACGAAUUUAGUUGGCACCCACAUUGUGCACGCUUCGCGGGAAACGCAAUUUGUUUUGGGACUGGUGCGCAAUGUGAUGAAGCAGAAGGAGCUGCUGCACAUACACUCCAAUAUCGAGUCAUUGCAUCGCGCCAUUGGAAAAGAAUACCUGCCGGCAGAGCUAGGCGGUGAAAAUGGAUCACUUAACGAUGCCGUUGCAAAUUACGAGACUCAGCUCAGCAGCUAUGCAAACUACUUCAUGGACGAUGAGCGCUUUGGAGUCGACGAAAAGCUGCGGGCCGCUAGCGAGAAGGAACAGCGCACCUCCCUGGUAGCCGGCGUAACCAACGAGGGUUCAUUUCGCAAGUUGAAUUUUGAUUGAGGGGCGGCCAGUUUACUUGUAUAUUCAGCUGCACAAACAUACCUAAAACAUAUAUAAUAUAUUUAUAUACAUAUAAAUAUAUAUAUUCUUAUAUAUAUACAAAUAUUCUUAUAUAUAUAAAUUUAUAUAUAUCUAUAUAUAUAGCUAUAUUUAUUUGGUCAUAGCAAAACCUGAUAUUUUGUAAAAAUUCACACCUAAAGUCCAACAAAACAACAUCGAAACUGAAAAGCAAAUAAUUGAACAAUAUAUGUAAAUAUAUACUACAUAUGUAUAUGAAAGUGCACACUAAAACCAUCAAAUGGUUAAAUGAACCCUAUCAUCGUCUGCUAUAAUUUAUUAUCGUCGUUAUCACGCGCAAAUAUCUAUCCUAUACAUUGCCACUUCGUAGACCUGCCCGCAUGGGCAUCCUUAACAGCAGGUGUUAUGUCGCUCGCCUUCGACGUCUUCUAUGAAUUCUUAUGUGCUAAGUUGUUUACUUUCAUAGUACACCCGUAUUAUACAUAUAUAUGUACAUCCAUUAAUGCAAUGAAGCAUACAUACAAAAAUAUAUUUUCGAUAAUUUUUCAUUAGUUAA